UUUGUCAACGGCAGCGAGUACCGAGGACGCUGGAAGAACGGGAAGUUAGACGGGAGGGGUACUUUCGUGGGGGAAGAUGGGUAUGUGUACGAGGGCGAGUGGAAGUAUGGGAAACGGCAUGGCACAUGCAAGGAGAAGUUUCCUGAUGGCAUGCAGUUCGAAGGCGAAUACCUGGAGGGAUGCCGACAUGGGCGGGGCAAGCUGACAUGGCCGAACGGGAGCGUGUACGAGGGAGACUUUGUGAAUGGAAAGAGAGAAGGGAAGGGGAUGCAGAAGUGGAGGGACCAAGACGGGACUCUGUACAAGUAUGACGGGGACUGGCUGAACGACAAGCAGCAUGGCUCUGCAGUGCUGGCGUGGUGGGAGGAUGGAUCCAAGUACAACGGGGAGUUCGUGCUAGGAAGCAGAGAAGGAUGGGGAGAGUUUCUGUGGCCCAACGGAAGCCGAUAUGAAGGGCAAUGGAAGAGAGGGAGGCCGCACGGAAGAGGUUUCUUCCGC